CUGAAGACUCUGACCUGGUUUUAAAUCGCAGGGCUCCAUUUACCAGCCGAUAUGGACGUUUAAUGACAAUAACCUGCUGUUGGAUGAUGUUGCAGAGGAGAAUAUAAGUAUUUGUGUAUUAAUUUAGUGUUUCCACUGCCUGCCUGCCUGCUGUGGCUCUCUCAGGAGAGGGGGGCGGAUAUUCAGCAUCUCUCAGCCUCCGCCCGCCUCUGUGGCUCUGUCCAAAGCGGUGGAGAGACAAGGGGGCAACCGCAGACCGACAGGGGGACAGCCAGAGGAGACAGAGAGAGAGGGGCGAUGGCCGCGGAUGGAGUAUGCGGGGAAUCGGUGGAUCAGUACCGGGCCGAGGUGGAGCGGCUCACCCAGGAGCUGGCCGAGGCGAACCGGGAGAAGAUCCGGGCUGCGGAGUGCGGUCUCGUCGUCCUGGAGGAGAACCAGGCGCUGAAGCAGAAGUAUGCAGACCUGGAGAUCGAGCAGGAGACUCUCAGGAAGGAGUUGGAGCAAUUACAGGAGGCGUUCGGUCAGGCUUACACCAACCAGCGUAAGGUGGCAGAGGAUGGGGAGACCAAUGAGGAGACACUGCUGCAGGAGUCAGCCUCUAAGGAGGCCUACUACAUGGGCCGUCUGUUGGAGCUGCAGGCGGAGGUGACGCUGAGCCGUUCUGUGGCAUCCAACGCCCAGGCUGAGAACGAGAGGCUCACUGCGCUUGUGCAGGAGCUACGAGAGAACAACGAGAUGCUGGAGCUGCAGAGGAGCCGGAUGAGGGAGGAGAUCAAGGAGUACAAGUUCAGAGAGACGCGGCUGCUUCAGGAUUACACUGAGCUGGAGGAGGAGAACAUCACGCUGCAGAAACUGGUGUCAACGCUCAAGCAGAGUCAGGUGGAGUAUGAGGGACUAAAACAUGAAAUUAAAGUACUCGAGGAGGAGACCGUUCUCCUCAACAGUCAGCUGGAGGAUGCAUUACGUCUGAAGGACAUCUCCGAGGGUCAGCUGGAGGAGGCCCUGGACGCCCUCAAGAAUGAGCGCGAGCAGAAGAACAACCUAAGAAAGGAACUGGCCCACCACCUCAGCCUGAGCGACAGCGUCUACGGAGCCGGGGCCCAUCUGGCACUCACCGUCACUGGUGUUGAAGGCCUCAAGUUCCCUGACGAGACCAACGGAACAAAUGGCACCAACGGCACCACCAUCCCUGCUGCUAACGGCAACAAUGAGGACUGCAAUCGCCGCAACGGACACGUUCACACAGGCACCGGAUUGGCUAAGAUGACAGGGGAAUACCGACCAGGCCGGAAAGGAGAAGGCCUGCACCCCGUGCCUGACCUGUUCAGUGAGCUCAACCUGUCGGAGAUGCAGAAGCUCAAACAGCAGCUGCUACAGGUGGAGCGUGAGAAGGCGGUGCUGCUCAUGAACCUGCAGGAGUCACAGACCCAGCUGCAGCACACACAGGGCGCCCUGAGCGAGCAGAAUGAGCGGGUUCAUCGCCUCACGGAGCGUGUCAACGGCAUGAAAUGUCUGAAUGGAGACAAAGAGCUGGAUGACCCACAGGAGAGUGAGAAACCCGAUGGCGGUUCCUCAUCACCACCAGCCAAUGGUCACCGUGACCUCGACAUCAAUGGCUUCGAGGUCCUGGAGUGUAAGUACAAGGUGGCAGUGACAGAGGUGAUCGACCUGAAAGCAGAGCUCAAGGUGCUGAAGGAGAAGUAUAACCAGGCUGUGGAGGGGCACGGAGAGAGCCACAGUGAUGACAGGGUCCAGGCACUGACUGAACAGCAGGUAGCUCAUUUGGAGCGUAGUUAUCGUGAAAGCAGGGAGAAGGUGGCGAGUCUGGAGGCAGAGCUUCGAGCAGCCGCGAGCACAGCCACCGAGAGCCAGGGUAUGCUGAACACAGCACAAGAUGAGCUGGUAACCUUCAGUGAGGAGCUGGCGCAGCUCUACCAUCAUGUCUGUCUGUGCAACAACGAGACGCCCAACCGUGUCAUGCUGGACUACUACCGCCAGAGCCGCGUCACACGCAGUGGCAGCCUGAAAGGCUCGGAUGACCACCGGGCUUUGCUCUCCCCCCGCCUGGCACGACGCCUCGCUGCAGUAUCAGCAGCCUGCUCCUCCGAACCCCCACGAAGUCCCAUGGACUCCCCAUCCAAAGACGGCCAUCACAAUGAGUCAACAAAUAACACAGUGGACUCCUGCAAUAGCAGCCCCACCCGUAACCCCACGGGCUCCCCUAGCAUCAGCAUCUCACCUUGCCCAUCUCCAGUGCCCUCAGAGGCAGGUGGGGACCUGCGGAAGGAGCCCAUGAAUAUCUACAACCUGAAUGCCAUCAUCAGAGACCAGAUCAAACACCUCCAGCGGGCUGUGGAUCGCUCACUGCAGUUGUCCAGGCAGAGGGCUGCAGCCAGAGAGCUGGCGCCUAUGCUUGACAAGGACAAGGAGUUGUGCAUGGAGGAGAUACUCAAACUAAAAUCCCUGCUUAGUACCAAAAGAGAGCAGAUAGCCACACUCAGGCUGGUGCUGAAAGCCAAUAAACAGACAGCAGAGGUUGCACUGGCAAAUUUGAAGAGCAAGUACGAAAAUGAAAAGUCAAUGGUGACAGAGACCAUGAUGAAGCUGAGGAACGAGUUGAAGGCUCUUAAAGAAGACGCAGCCACCUUCUCGUCUCUCAGGGCCAUGUUUGCCACAAGAUGUGACGAAUAUGUUACCCAGCUGGAUGAGAUGCAGAGGCAGCUGGCGGCGGCAGAGGAUGAGAAAAAGACAUUGAACUCCCUCCUCCGUAUGGCCAUCCAACAGAAGCUGGCGUUGACCCAACGGCUGGAGGAUCUGGAGUUCGAUCACGAGCAGACUCACCGUGGCCGCGGCGCUAAAGUGCCCAAGAUUAAAAGCAGCCCGCCCAAAUUUCUUGUAGAUUGUCAGCAGCCUGCUGCCUCAGUACCGUCACUCUCCCCACAACUAAGGCGAGGGAGAACCUCCCUAGCGCGCAGUCCUAAAUUUUUGGCAGACCUCCAGGAACACCAUGCAGUCCUGUCCAGCGGCAGUACCCUUCUCUCUCCCUGCGACCCUCGUAACUGUCUGGCCCAGCAACCCCAACCCCCCGGCUCCUAACCUCACUGUUCCAGCCCAGGUCCAUGCCUCGGUCUGGUAGGAGUCAUGCAGAGACAGAGACGCUCUGGAUGGGGGUUCCCUCAGUUUAACUCCCCCCACAAUCCAGCAGUCCCACCUGGUGCUUACUGGACUCUGUGACCCCCCUAAGCGCUACAUGGUCCGGCCCUCGGCAGGCCUCCUGGUUACCUGGGUCGCAGAAGAAGAGCAGGACGCUCUCUUCUUCUCUGGAAGUGACACCCUGUCCUGGAAAGGAUUGAACUGAAGCGCAAAAUGAGUGACAAAUCACGGGAACCUUUUCCCUUAUUAAGUAUUUAUUUAUAGUUUAUUUACUAUUUAUUUACUAUUCUUGAUUUAUGACAAGUUUCUGAGAUAUUUAUUACUGGAAUGUUUUUUUUCUGUGUUUGUUGGUCAAUCUCCAGUAUGGAAAUCAAGACGUGUUUUACUGCUGUGGUGAAGACUUCAGUGAUCAGACAAUUUAGCACAUUCACUACUGUUCAUGGCCAAUUUUGUUUUCCUAAACAAAGACAAACCAACCAAAACCAGAGCUACAAAACUUGUUUCUGGUCUAGUGAACAGGUUUAAAACUUGCCUAACCAUACUCUACAGCAUUUAAAAUAUUACAUUUUGUCAGUAUAUUAAUGAAAACAUAUGUAUGCCACUUUUACAUAGGAGUGUUAGAGUACAUUGGGGUUGACGUUGCAGACAAACUAAUGAAGGUAAUCACUUUAUUACAAGGAAAUCAUUUCUUGUGGUGGUGACGGGUGGAUUUCAACUACAUUUCUAACGUCACUAGUCUUUCUUGGGAUGCUUGUGUUUUUUUAUACAGAUUUUUUUUUUGCAAAUCAUGUGCAUAAAGACUAUUUUAUACCUUCUAUGAUUUGUAUUUAUUUUUACAGCAGACUCUAGUGACAGGGUUGUGUCUAUUAUGUAGCUCAGAUCUCCUCAGAGACUGGGAUAGGUGAGAGGCUGAGUGUUUGAGAUGAGGACUAGGGCUGUUGGCCUGAGUUUUUUGCCUUUUUUGAAUUGCACAGGUUUAAGUGACCAUGGAGUGAACUGACCUCCAUCUUUUUAACAUUAGUUAAGAGCAGAGGAUUCCCCAGAGGUGCGCCUCCUCUAGACUUUCUGUCACUGUCAUGUCAACAUUGUAUUCUCCCCAUAAAGUAUUCUCUGUCCUCUCUGUGAACUCGUUCGCUAUCGUAUGGGUCAAAGCGCCAGACAACUGUCAUGACCACCCUUCGUCCCUCCUCCAAUGACAAUGACAGAAAAGAUUUUUAAUAUCCCAAGCUACACGUGUCUGUCAUCCUAACAUCUCCAUGUUUAGCUGACCCUACAUGCUUCCUCCAAACAGUAUGCAGUACUGUCCAAGCACAAUUAUGCAUUAUAGCAAUACAGUGGUGUCGGUAGACUGAUCUGAUUAAGAUUAACUCAGUCUUUCAACCAUUUCUGUCACCAUGAACUAACCAGCAGGCUGACAAGAAAGGCAAGACAGCAAGAGUACAAUAGAGAUUUUGUCUCUUGUAGAAACACUGUUUGAUCACAGAGGAACGGGGCUGAGUCUGACUGAGAUGGAUGUAAUGUGUGACGUUUGUUGCAUAAUUGAAGUCCCAUCUCUCUGUCUUUAUACCCUCAUUAUGUCUUCAAUGUUAACGCUCUCCUCAGUGCACUGAAUACAUAUUUUUUGCCAGAUGGAUAUGAAACGGAUAAACCUAAAACUACAUAGCCAGUAUAGUGUUGUAACGACAGAUAAAAAGCUGUUACAUCAGCAGUGAAUGAGUGGUUUCUUUCUGUUCUCUGUGCGUGUGUUAUUUGUUGGUCUCCGUUAACAGUGUAAAGAUUGUUACUUUUGCAACUACAGAGUGAUGGAAAUGUUUGUGGUCCAAAACCUACGCAGGCUCACUGGUGACCUAACUCUCUUGGUUUGUUUGCACAAUAUAGCAGUGGAUGGAGAGAGACUAAUCCGAUGAAAGAAGAAGAAAAAAGACAUGGUUAAAAAAAGAACAAUAGCUGUAUGCGACUACAGUGAGUUUAACAGUUUCUCCUCCAUUUAAAAACAGUGUUUAAUUGGUUUCACAAGUAAA